CAAAACCCAGCAAGCCAACAACCUCAGUGGAGCUCACCCUUAUCCCCCCCAGCUCCAGAACCUUCUCCUCUCUCCUCUCUCGCUCGCUCGCUUCUCGCGGUUGUCGUCGGCGGUAGCGAGCUCAUGGCGUCGGUGCAGCUGUCCGCCGGCCCGCGGGUGUCAGUGUCACCGGCGGCGGCGCUGGUGGCGAUGCCUUCGGUCGCCGCCGCCGCAUCGAGGGGGCGCCGCGGGUACCGGGGGCUCGUCGUGAGGGCCGCCACGGUCGUGUCGCCCAAGUAUACUUCUAUCAAACCCUUGGGAGAUAGGGUGCUUGUGAAGAUCAAGACCUCUGAUGAUAAAACUGUUGGAGGAAUAUUACUUCCAACAUCAGUUCAGUCAAAACCGCAAGGAGGACAAGUUGUAGCAGUUGGAGAGGGGAGAAGCAUGGGCAGCGACAGCAUAGAGAUCAGUGUUCCAGUUGGUGCACAAGUUGUCUACUCUAAAUAUGCUGGCACAGAGUUGGAAUUCGAUGGGUCUGACCAUCUCAUUUUGAAAGAAGAUGACAUCAUUGGUAUUCUCGACACAGAUGAUGUGAAAGAUCUGAAGCCACUGAAUGACCGUGUUCUCAUUAAGGUUGCAGAGGCUGAAGAGAAAACUGCAGGUGGUUUGCUAUUGACACAAGCGACCAAAGAAAAGCCUUCUAUUGGAACAGUGACAGCCGUAGGCCCAGGACCAUUGGUUGAGGAUGGCAGCAGGAAACCCUUGUCAAUCACUCCUGGGAAUACCGUGAUGUACUCCAAGUACGCGGGAAGCGAGUUUAAGGGUGAAGAUGGCGAAUAUAUUGUUCUCAGGGUAUCCGACGUAAUGGCUGUUCUUUCCUAAGCAGACAACGCUCUUGCGAAAUAGGAUUUUCUUUAAGAAAACAUGUGAAAUAGGAAUUUUGAUAUUUAGUCAAAACUUUGUUGCACUGCUCUUGCUUGGAAAUGGUGUAUCGCUGCUAUUCCUACUUGAUGUCACUGCAAAAUGCAGAGUUCAAUACAGGACGUGCUCUUUAGACUUUGGACAUAUAAUAAUGCUGUGCUGCUUUCCUUGGUAGAAGUA